CAAAAUUUCGAGAUCAAAAUCGGUACAACAUAAAAUCUCCUAUCUAACUAAAAUAUUUGGUACCAUGCUUCCCGUGCUUGAAGGGGUACCAUACCUACCAUGCUCACCCGUCCGUGAAGCCCCCCAGGCUAGAAGGGUUAAGGUGAUCGAUCAUUCUCGCAGUUGAACGCUGCCACAUCAAAAAGAACUGCCGAAGCUUAAACGAUGUCGCUCUCAGAAGCUGAUGAAGUCCUCCGUCUCAGUAAGGUUCCCUUUACAAAGGAAGAACUUGGUAUAGUAUAUUCCUGGAGGAAAAACACUAGAAGGGCUUUGAUAACGGGCAUCGGUACUGGUUCGGUUAUCACUUGGCUAGUUACAGGAAGGCUAAGUACUAUAUCCCGAGUUGGCCUUGCAACAUGUGCUGGCAUCUCUUGCGGCUCUUGGAGAUGGCGCAAGGCUACUUUAUCACUUGUCGAACAGAGUCUCUCACUAAAUGGAACUUAUCUGCAAAGAGUAGUAGCUGACGGAAUACUGAAAAGCCUCCCAAAUGAAAGGGCAAUGAAACAUUUUUCCAAGCAUUUCAUCUGUGAAAAUGUGUAUGAUGAAUCAUUAUCAGACAAGCCAGAACAAAGGUGGCGCUUGAGGAAUUCCUAUGGUGGUAAUUUUGAUAAUUUCCAGAAGGCAGAAGGUGAUCCCUAUGAGGAUGCAAUAACUAAUUCCGAGGGAAACCCCGUGAAAAAAGCUAAUGUCGGAGGAGAUUCUUUUGCUUCUAAAAGAAAAAUGCAAAAGAAGCCUGAUCUUGAGAAUGAGAUGCGGACCGGCGGUGAUCACGCAACAUCACACCCAUUCUUCGACUCUAUCUUCGGGCCUCUAGAUAACAAUGUUGACGAGAUCUCUCGCCCGUCCCUUGCUCCAACGCCCACACCGCAUCAGAAGCAUGGUAGAAGUCACAGACGGUCUCGGCGCAGGCAUCUGAUGCAUCACAAGGAGGCCUCCCAAGCCUAGCUGCCAAUGAACCAGUCCUUUUGUUUCUAGAAUGGCAUAUGGCUGGCAUCAUUUCUGUCCCUGAGAUGCUACCUUUUGUUAGCAUGAGAGUUUCUCUUAAAAAAACAUUAUGUCUGCGAUUAUGAAAUGAUUGUAACCUUAAAAAAACAACAUUGUGUGUGUGAUGAUGUCUAUUUACUAUUGAGCAUUGUCAUUGAACAAAUUGAUCUUUUGUUC